AUGGAGAAGUCCAGGAAAACUUUUCUUGAUGCCGUAGAUAAGAUGAUAGCAGCAGCCAGCUCGAUACCUCGUGAUGAACUGCUUUUUUCUUACAAGGGAAUUCUCUACCCUGCUGCUGUUUGCAAUCCUGAAGUAUUCAAAGCCUUGGAGUCCUUUGAAGCCAGAAGUGAUGAUGUAAUUUUGGCAGGAUACCCUAAAUCCGGCACAAACUGGCUUAGUCAAAUUAUAACUGACCUGAUAACCAUAUCUCAAAAGAAAACACCGGGUAGGGAAAGCAGUGUGAAUGCUGAAGAAGAAUUCCCCUACCUCGAAAUUGGAGAUGCUGAGAAAUAUGAGAGAAUGAUCAAAUUACCUUCUCCAAGGUUUAUGGCUACUCAUCUCCUUCCUGAAAACCUUCCCAAGUCUAUCUUCAAAAACAAAGUCAAGAUAUUGUUACUGAUUCGUAAUCCAAAAGAUUUGGCUACAUCUUUUUACCAUUUUUCCAAUGGCCUGGCUACUCUUCCCUCCUAUGAGACCUGGGAUGAUUUCUUCACAGAUUUCAUGACAAAGAAAAUGGCCUGGGGAUGCUACUUUGAAUACCUUUCUGAAUGGAACAAAUACGCUGAUCAAGAAAAUAUAAUGACAAUAACUUACGAAGAGGUAAAAGAGAAUCCUGCCCUGGCUGUGAAAAACAUAGCUAUGUUCUUUGGAAUUCCUCUGACUGAGGAAGAGCUCCAGCUUGUGGUGGAGAGGAGCAGCUUCCAGUCUAUGAAGAAAAACUCAGAGAAGACCCAUGGGGUGUUUGGCAACAUUCUCUUUCGCAAAGGCUGUGUUAGUGACUGGAAGAAUCUUUUCAGUGAAGAUCAGAAUGAGAAAAUGGACAAAGCAUUUGAAGAACGUGUAGCGGGAACUAAACUUGGAAAAAAGCUGAAGUAUGACUUGUACUGCAAAGCCUGAAGAGUAAUGAAAUGUGGUUAGAACAAGAACUUUGCAAGGCAGACUCAGAUCAUCUGAAUGCUCUACACUAGAAAACUCGAUCAAGUGAUCCAAGCAGCUUAGAAUUUCUGUUAGAAUCAUUGCAGCAGCCUUUACAGUGACAGUGAUGAGUAAUGGCCUUUUGUUUCAUGGUGAGAUCUUUGGCUACACCCAUUUGCUGAAGAAGAUGUCAAAUAAUCAUAUUUACAAAAACUCAUCAGCCCUGUUCCAGCUGUCACCAGGAAGGAAAUGCCCCUUUAAUUUCUACCCAAAUUCUGUGAUUCUAGACUAUUUAUGAUUAUUCAGUGUUCAGUCCAGGCUCAUGGAAAAUCCCUCAAACUGCCCAGGGUUGGUGACCGUGGCUGGGACCCCAGGAAAGCAUUGCCUUUGACCUUAGUCCAUGGGAAAAAUUUCCAAC